CUAAUUUCUUAAUUAAAAAUAGGAGGCAGAGAGAGAGAGAGAGAAAUAAGAAAAAGGAAAACGGAAAUUGCUGCGUCGGAUUUGAGUUGCAGUGGGAGAGAGUGUAGGGGAGAGAAAGAGAGAGAUUUUCUUCUCUCCCGUCUUUAGAGAGAGAGAGAGAGAGAGAAAGAGAAAAAAAGCUUGAGAAAACGAAACGAGAAGAGCCCAGCCUCUCCUUCCCCUUCCAAUUGUUCGAUCUCUCUCGCAGCUUUUUUUUUUUUGUUGUUUUCGUUUUGUUUGCUCCUCUUUUUACAUCGACGAUUAUUUCACCAAAACACGCGUUUCUUCGUAUUGAUCAUGAACGAGCCUCCCGAUUUCAGUAUCGAGGGUUUCUUCUUACAUUGAGGUGGAAAGCUUUCAAAAGAAAUGGCUCGUCGUAGAAUUAGAUCAAGGAUCCGGAAAAGCCAUUUCUACACCUUUAGGUGCCUUAGGCCAAAAACGCUCGAAGAUCAAGGGCCUCAUGUCAUUAACGGACCCGGGUACACGAGGCUCGUCCAUUGUAACCAGCCUCACAUGCACCUGACGAAGCUCCUUAGGUACCGGUCAAACUACGUGUCGACCACUCGGUACAACCUGCUCACUUUCUUACCCAAAUGCUUGUACGAGCAAUUCCACCGCGUUGCCAACUUCUACUUCCUCGUAGCCGCCAUUCUCUCUGUGUUUCCUCUCUCCCCGUUCAACAAAUGGAGCAUGAUCGCUCCGCUGGUGUUCGUCGUCGGGCUUAGCAUGGGCAAGGAGGCGCUGGAGGACUGGCGCCGGUUUAUGCAGGACGUGGCGGUGAACUCAAGGAAAGCUAGUGUUCACAAAGGCAGUGGUGAAUUUGGUCGCAGGGCGUGGAAGAAGAUCCGUGUGGGUGACAUUGUUAGGGUGGAGAAGGAUGAGUUUUUCUCGGCUGAUUUGCUCUUGUUGUCAUCGAGUUACGACGAUGGGAUCUGUUACGUGGAGACGAUGAACUUAGACGGCGAAACGAACUUGAAAGUCAAGAGGUGCUUGGAUGCUACCUUGUCACUGGAGCGGGAUGAGUCUUUUCAGAGUUUCUCUGGAACGAUAAAGUGCGAGGAUCCGAAUCCGAACCUGUAUACGUUUGUUGGAAACCUUGAGUGCGAUGGCCAGGUUUAUCCACUUGAUCCUAACCAGAUUCUCCUCAGAGACUCGAAGCUCAGGAACACGACUUAUAUCUAUGGGGUUGUGAUAUUCACCGGCCACGACACAAAAGUCAUGCAGAACUCGACAAAAUCUCCUUCGAAGAGAAGCAGGAUUGAAAAGAGAAUGGACUACAUUAUAUACACUCUCUUCGCUCUUCUUCUGUUUGUCUCCUUCAUCAGCUCUCUUGGGUUUGCAGUGAUGACAAAACUUCUAAUGGCAGAUUGGUGGUACUUGCGACCAGACAAGCCUGAGACCUUAACAAAUCCUACAAACCCCUGGCACGCUUGGGUUGUCCAUUUGAUCACUGCUCUCUUGCUUUACGGGUACUUGAUUCCCAUCUCCUUGUAUGUCUCCAUCGAGGUAGUAAAAGUCUUGCAAGCAACUUUCAUCAAUCAGGACUUGCAAAUGUAUGAUAGCGAGAGCGGGACUCCAGCUCAGGCACGCACGUCCAAUCUAAAUGAAGAGCUGGGACAAGUUGAUACGAUCCUUUCUGACAAAACAGGAACUUUGACAUGUAACCAGAUGGACUUUCUGAAAUGCUCAAUUGCGGGUACUUCCUAUGGUGUCCGCGCCAGUGAAGUGGAACUAGCUGCUGCGAAGCAGAUGGAGAUGGAUCUCGAGGAGCAAGGUGAUGAAAUUACAAAGCUUCCAAUAACUAAAGGCAGGACACAACGCUACUCGAAACUGACCAGCAAGACUUCAUCAGAUUUCGAAUUGGAGACUGUAAUCACUGCUAGCGACGAGAAGGAUAGGAAGCAGGUCACUGGCAUUAAGGGGUUUAGUUUUGAGGAUAAUCGUCUGAUGGAUCAAAACUGGUUGAAUGAGCCCAAUCCAAAUGACAUUUUGAUGUUUUUCCGUAUACUGGCGGUUUGUCAUACUGCUAUCCCUGAGGUGGAUGAAGAUACUGGAAAGUGUACUUAUGAAGCUGAGUCUCCUGAUGAAGUUGCUUUCCUUGUUGCCGCUAGGGAGUUUGGUUUUGAGUUUACUAAGAGAACUCAGUCAAGUGUGUUUAUCGCUGAACAGGUUUCAGGCCAGCUUGUUGAUAGAGAAUACAAAAUAUUAAAUCUAUUAGACUUCACUAGCAAGAGAAAAAGAAUGUCUGCCAUUGUCCGAGAUGAGGAAGGGCAGAUUAUUCUACUCUGUAAAGGCGCUGACAGCAUCAUAUUUGACCGGUUAUCAAAGAAAGGAAAAGAUUAUCUGGGAGCUACUUCCAAGCACUUGAAUGAAUACGGUGAAGCAGGUUUACGCACAUUGGCGCUUGGUUACAGAAAGCUGGAUGAAACCGAGUAUUCAGCAUGGAACAGUGAAUUUCACAAAGCCAAAACUUCAGUUGGAGCUGAUAGAGACGAAAUGCUCGAGAAGGUAUCAGAUAUGAUGGAGAAGGAAUUGAUCCUUGUUGGAGCUACUGCUGUGGAGGACAAACUGCAGAAAGGGGUGCCUCAAUGCAUAGAUAACCUUGCCCAAGCUGGUCUUAAGAUAUGGGUUUUGACAGGAGAUAAGAUGGAGACAGCAAUAAACAUAGGAUACGCCUGCAGUUUACUUCGACAGGGUAUGAAGCAGAUAUCCAUUUCAUUUACUAAUGUGGAGGAAUCAUCACAAGACUCUGAAGCUGCUGCAAAGGAGAGCAUUGUGAUGCAGAUCACAAAUGCCUCACAGAUGAUCAAAAUAGAAAAGGAUCCACAUGCAGCUUUUGCUUUGAUCAUUGAUGGGAAGACACUUACAUAUGCUUUGAAGGAUGAUGUCAAGUAUCAGUUUCUUGCACUUGCAGUUGACUGUGCUUCAGUAAUAUGCUGUCGUGUCUCUCCUAGACAGAAAGCACUUGUAACAAGGCUAGCUAAAGAAGGAACAGGGAAGACAACUUUAGCAAUCGGUGAUGGUGCAAAUGAUGUUGGAAUGAUUCAAGAAGCUGAUAUUGGGGUUGGCAUCAGUGGCGUUGAAGGCAUGCAGGCUGUAAUGGCAAGUGACUUCUCCAUAGCCCAGUUUCGGUUUCUGGAGCGAUUACUUGUUGUCCACGGACACUGGUGCUACAAAAGAAUAGCCCAAAUGAUCUGUUAUUUCUUCUACAAGAACAUAACGUUUGGCCUAACUCUAUUCUACUUCGAAGCCUUUACCGGGUUUUCUGGUCAAUCAAUAUACAACGACUCCUACUUAUUACUCUUCAACGUUGUUCUCACUUCUCUCCCCGUCAUCUCUCUCGGAGUUUUCGAACAAGAUGUUCCGUCUGAUGUCUGCUUACAGUUCCCUGCAUUGUAUCAACAAGGUCCCAAGAACCUAUUCUUCGACUGGUACAGAAUCCUCGGAUGGAUGGGUAAUGGAGUUUACGCAUCCAUAGUAAUCUUCACACUCAAUCUCGGAAUCUUUCAUGUCCAAUCAUUCCGCUCUGAUGGCCAAACCGCAGACAUGAACGCGAUGGGAACCGCCAUGUUCACUUGCAUCAUUUGGGCAGUAAAUGUUCAAAUCGCUCUAACCAUGAGCCACUUCACUUGGAUCCAACACGUAAUGAUUUGGGGAAGCAUAGGAGCUUGGUACAUCUUCCUCGCCCUUUACGGUAUGUUACCACCAAAACUCUCAGGUAACAUCUUUCACAUGCUCGUGGAGACGCUAGCGCCUGCACCGAUCUUCUGGCUUACCUCACUACUGGUCAUAGCCGCCACAACACUUCCUUACUUGUUUCACAUCUCAUACCAAAGAUCAGUGAACCCUCUUGACCAUCACAUCAUACAAGAGAUCAAGCAUUUCAGGAUCGAUUUGGAGGAUGAGCGGAUGUGGAAACGAGAGAAGUCCAAGGCUAGAGAGAAGACAAAGAUUGGAUUUACGGCUCGUGUCGAUGCAAAGAUCAGACAGCUGAGAGGGAAGCUUCAGAGGAAACAUUCGGUGUUGAGUUUCAUUAGUGGGACUUCGUCCAAUGAUACAAAUUCAAACUCACAACAGACUUGACUGAGACCAAGUAAGUUUUGUUUUAACUCCUUAUUGUUUUCGAAAAUUGGAUUGAAUAUAGAUGAAAAAAAAGAAUAGAGUUUUGUUUUCUAACUAUUCAUGUCGUUUAUACAAUUAGACAAAAGGUAGAAAAGAAAGAGGGGAAUGUUGUAUUUUGUGUUUGUGUGUGUGUAUUCUCGUAAUAAUGAAAAGACGAAAGGAAAAGGAGAUAUGAUUACUGAUUUUAAAGACGUAAGUCAGGUCAGAGUUUCAUAAACACACAGUAAUCACAUCUCUUUGUCAGGUUGUUUUAGUUUUAGUGGAUUUGGG